AUGUCGGGGAUCUCGCUGGCCGUCGGGCCGCGGUCUGGCUCGGACAACAACGCGGCGGAUCGGCAGCCGCCGGCGACGAUGCUCGGGGGCGUCAUGGGGUCGCUCCGAGUCAUCGAGCUCCAGCUCGUCGCCUUCAUCAUGGUCUUCUCCAUGUCCGGCCUCGUCCCGCUCAUGGACCUCGCCUUCCCGGUCUUCACCACGCUCUACCUCCUCGUCCUCUCCCGCCUCGCCUUCCCUUCGCUCCACCACAAGCUCGACGACGACGCCGCCGCCACCCACUCCGCCGCCUCCCAGGAGAUCUUCCGCGGCAGCACGCUGUUUCAGGUGUACGUGGUGAUCGGCACCACGGUAGGCCUGUUCCUGCCCCUGGCGCACGUCCUGGGCGGGUUCGCCCGCGGCGACGACGCCGCGGUGCGGUCCGCCACGCCGCACCUGUUCCUGCUCUCCUGCCAGAUCCUGACGGAGAACAUCAUCGGCUCGCUCGGCAUCUUCUCGCCGCCGCUCAGGGCGCUGGUGCCGCUGCUCUACACCGUGCGCCGCGUCUUCGUCAUCGUCGACUGGGUCUACGACGUGUGGACAAACAAGCUCGUCACCCGCACCGCCCCCGUGCAGGACAAGGCGUGGGUCUGGUUCGGGAGGUACCUCGCAGUGGCCAACCUCGUCUACUUCUCCAUCAACCUCUUCGUCUUCCUCAUCCCCAAGUUCCUGCCCCGCGCCUUCGAGACCUACUUCCACACACGCGACGAGGUCUACGCCAAGACGGCCGAGGACAAGCGUUCGAGGGAUAUGUCGUCUGUGGACGAUGACGGCGCCGUCAAAUCAAACGUCUCCAAGAAGGCCGACUGA